AAGUGGGCGGGGCCGAGCUCGGGCCUUCGCAGCUUCAGGGUCGCUCGGCCUCAGGCUGGUGUCUCCGCGGCGCGUCCCUGCGGGGGUCCGAGCGCGGCGGCGCCCGCGGUGUCCCUCCGCCGCCGGGCCGGGAUGCCGAAGCGCUCCUGCCCCUUCGGGGACACGGCCCCGCUGCAGCUGAAAACCCGCGUGGGGCUGCGGGAGCUGAGCCGCGGCGCCCUGGGCGAGAAGUACCGGCGGGAGCUCUUCGAAAAGACCAAGGAGCUACUCUUCCGAGGCGCCCAGGCCUACAUGGAUAGCAUGUGGAAGGGCAACGCAGCAGGGACCUGCACAGUCCCCUGCUUUCCAGAGCCACUUAAAGAUACACAGGAAACUUGUACUAAGUACAGUUGGAAUGGACAAAUGCUCAUUGGGCAAGAUGGAAAACUACUGAGGCAUUCCCAAGCAAUGGAAAAGACUCCACCAGUCGGAGUUUCCAAAGCCUGUUCCUCCUGCAUAAGAACUGUUGAUAUCAAAGAAGCUUGCACACAGUGUGAUCGUUUUGUAUGCCAGAAUUGCAGCAAACUCUGCAAGUGCUGUAAUGCUGUUGCCUGUUCCUUGUGUUCGAUUAUCGAUUACAGUGAUACUGGCGAGCAAGUUCUCUGCAAUGGCUGUUCAAUGUUUGAAGCCUGAAACUCUUAAUGAACUAUCAACACCUCUUUAUGGCUAAGGUAUCAAGUGCCAUGAAGAACAUGUUUAUAUCUGACCCUUCUAGUGUGUGGAAUUAACAAUGGGAUUUCUAUGCAUUUUAUGUGAUAUUUUUUUAAUACUGUAGCUAAAUAAACUUUUUUAUAUGUUGAA